GCAGCCGGGAAGAGAGGAUAUCUCAGCUGUCUCCCGUCUCCAGCAUCCUGAGAGAGAAAUCACAGGCAGCAAAGACAUUCUGCACCUCCUGCAUUAUUUCUUUUCCUUCCACACUCGCUCAUUCUCAUGCACUCUUAUCUGGACCAAAGAAGAUGGUGUAGAUGGGCUAGUGUGAUUUACAAGGAACAAACAUAUGUGAUUAUCCUUCCUGUGGAUUCGGUGCCACUCUUUCCAUCAUGUGAGCAGAGACAGUAGUGCAUGAAUCAUCAUGUGAUUGCAGCAAGAACCACAAUUCUCAACAAAGAGGGAAUUUUUUUCACGAGGCUGGAUCAUAUUGUCAAGAGGGUAACCACAUAAUACCGUGAUUCUCCAGCCCUAAUUUCAUCUAAAUAGUUGGAAUGUGCUCUUAUUGCCAAGUCUGAGUGUCUGAGAGCCGCUCACUGCAUCGAGCCUAGCCCGCCGACACCUGCAACCUUCUCAUAUAUGCACAUAGGUUUAUUUAUCAAUGAAUGAGGAAUGUUCAAGCUAGAAAUUCCACAGAUGGAAUCAUUUAGUUGGAGGAUUCCAACUUGCUGCAUGGUCCGUUGCCAAAAAGUUUCAAAAAUUGAUUUUCCUGAUGUGCUUGAAACGCAUUCAAGUGAUUUAAAAAGCAGAUUAUUGUUUUAACUUUCCCCAGUCAAGGACACUUUUUGUGGAUGAAGGAUCAAAUAAACACCAUGUUUAAACCUCACUACUGUUACAUUCAAAACAAAGAUACUUUUUUUUUUAAUAAAAUGACUGAAAAAUUUAUAAACACAAUAUGCUAGCUUGAACAAACUUAGUGUAACAAAAUCAGAUUAAAAUGGCCGAAGCUACAGAAUACAAUGGCACUGAAAACACACUUUCUUCCACUGACAUUCCUUUUAAUUUCACCAUUGAAUAUGAGGAUUUUCAGUCAGAGUCCAAUGCCAGCAAAAUCAUCAUCCCUUCUAUCUACGCCCUAGUCUGCUGUGUGGGCAUCAUAGGAAAUGCAAUGGUUAUAUACGUCAUCCUGAAGUAUGCCAAAAUGAAAACAGCCACUAAUAUUUACAUUUUGAACCUUGCAAUUGCUGACGAACUCUUCAUGUUGAGCGUUCCGUUCCUGGCCACAUCAGCUGCGGUGCGGCACUGGCCAUUCGGAUCGAUGAUGUGCCGGCUGGUCCUUAGCGUAGACGGCAUCAACAUGUUCACCAGUAUUUUUUGCUUGACUGUUCUCAGCGUGGACCGCUAUAUUGCAGUGGUGCACCCCAUUAAGGCAGCACGUUACCGCAGACCGACCGUCGCUAAAGUGGUUAACGUCUGCGUGUGGGGACUUUCACUUCUCGUCAUCUUGCCCAUCAUUAUCUUUGCAGACACAGUUCCAGCGCAGGACGGACGGGUAGACUGCAACUUUCUGUGGCCUGAGUCUUCAUGGUCAGAAGCAUUUGUGGUCUAUACCUUCUUGCUGGGCUUCUUGCUUCCCGUAGGGGCUAUCUGCCUGUGUUACUGCUUGAUUGUGGUGCGUAUGCGAGCAGUAGGACUCAAGGCAGGAUGGAUGCAGCGGCGGCGGUCUGAGAAGAAGAUCACUCGUAUGGUGCUUCUGGUGGUCGCUGUCUUUGUGCUGUGCUGGAUGCCCUUUUACAUAGUGCAGCUCGUGAGUGUGUUCUGCCAGCCGCCAGACCCCAUGGUGACUCAGCUGUUUCUCAUUCUAAGCUAUGCUAACAGCGGCGCUAAUCCUAUACUCUAUGGAUUUGUGUCUGACAACUUCCGCCGCUCCUUCCAGAGAAUUGUCUGCUUCCGCUGGAUGGAGAAUGGGCCGGAUGCAGAGCAGGUGGACUACUAUGCCGUGGCCCUCCGGCGCCAAACAACAUGUGGUCCACAGGACUUCCCUAAAGAGUGCUGCUUAGCCUCUGAUAUGGUGUUUCGCAACGGAACAUGUACCUCUCGUACCACUACCCUGUAAACUUUUCUCAUACUUUUCUCAGAAGCAGACAAAAAAACUCAUGUUUUCAUAUGUAAAUAGGUCUGUGUACAAUAAGUAUUUAAAAUCACUUGAAUUAUUAUAUUACAAAUGUGCUGUUAAAUGAUUGUAGUUUACAUUCUUUUGUAUAGGUUUAUAUAUACAGUAAAAAGUAAAAGUCUUGUUCUUAGUUGUAGAUAUUCAGUAUGUAUAUGUGUCAUGCAAUUAACUUUAAAUGUGUUAAAUUAAAGUUAACCAUGUCUACAAUGAUUGCUUUAGCAUGGCAUCACCUUCCUGCUAUAUAGUAUUGUACAGGAUGAUACAUAUGGGAUGUGUAUAAAGCAUAAUUACAUACAUAAUAAUCUACAGUACAUAUCAUGUUGGAGUCUUGCUUGAUUCACAGUAACCAUAUCUUUCAAUACAGUAGAGAAAAAUGUCAUCAUGCGAGGAAAUAGCUGUUAUAACUGUAUAAAUCUUCCAGUCCCUCACUCCCUGCAAUUAAUGCCAAAAGUGUUCUUGCCCCUUUUUUUGUUUCACACGUCAUCUGCAUUAUCUUCAUCAAAAAUCCAGUGUAACUGAUGAAAAAAAAACAAAGAAAGAUAAAAUGCCUCAAAUUAGAAGAAAAACAAAGAUUUUUCAAUUGUCACUGAAAACAAGAAAUAAUCAGACCCAAAAGACACUUCUUCAGGAUUUAAGACUUUUGGUUAACACUCACUAUGUAUGUUUUGUUAUUCUAUAAAAUUCCACUUCCUGAACCACGCAGUCAACUAAUGUUUUCUGCCAAAUUGUAAAAAUCAAGCUUGGGUCUUUUAGGUAAUUUCCAAUAUACAGCAUGCCAGUUUUAUGAUCUGGGCAGCUUCUUAACAUACUUUAUAUAGUUUCCAAAGAAACAGUGCCUGGGAGAUAUGAAUUUAAGGACAUUGCUCUAGAGAAUGGCAAAUCAGCCAUUUUUGGCUAAAAAGAGGCAGAGAGACUAAUAUAUCACGUCUCACUCAACAGCAUAAAUCUAAGGAGCUCACAUACUGUAUACUGUAUAUCUCCAUCAUUCUGACAGGGACCUAGAGUAUUCCUGCUGUUUGAUUUGUCAGAGUUGACUAUACAUAUCAUUAUGUGGAUCUUAGAUGGUCUGUGUAAACAUAAGACAAGCAUGUGUGGACAUUCUGGCCUUGAUUUACUUAAAAGCAUGCACAUAUUUAUCUUUCCCAUUAAACACCUCCUGUCCAUUUCAUGCAUUUGCAUCAUAAAUAUGUGGUGUCAAUGCAAACAGA